AUGAACUCUUUACCCAAUACCGAGCUGAUUACGUGUGGGGCAUCGACCAGUUUGUCAGUUUGCUCACUUUCGAUAUCUCCCCGUUGUUCCCGUAACACCCUGGCACACUCUGCCGAAAGCACUCGCACACGCACAUACACACACACAGCUGCAGCAACCGAAGAGAAAGAGUGCCAACAAAAGAGAACUCGAGGAUUUGUGAAUGAGGAGGCAGCACUCAAAGUGAGAGGUUCAAGGACAUUCCCUGAACAGUCAUCUCAACUUGCGAAUGACGUAGGCAGUCCAAACGCUUGGCAAUGUGUAUGUGGCGAAGAGUGGCUGGGAGAAUGGCUGGAGAAAGCUGGAGAUAGCGAUGUUGGAGAUGGUGUGUUAGGAUGUCUAGCGACAGCUGCUCGUAGAUGCGCUGUAGAUCCACAAUUGGAAAAGGACGAGGCGCGCUCGGCAUGGGUAACGGUGACAGCUUCUGUUCUUGCCGCAAUUUCUUUGCUUAUCCUCAUCGCCAUCGCUUUCCUUUACAUCAGCGACGGCAAGCAGAGGGUGGUCCUGAUGCGGCCAUUGUCACGUCGCACAAACUCCGACUUGCACAAGCUAAUAGCGGAUAUUGACCCGCUAAUAGCACGGGAUAUGCCACCCCGAAAAGCGACUACAGGAGACAAGAAGCGCGUCCGCUUCGAGGACAACUGA